AUGACGAACACAUCUUUCACGACCUACCACCAGCUAACACUGCAAGCCACCACUGGAAGUUGUCACCAGUGCGAGCUGCUAACAAAAGUUUCGGUGUUUAUCUGCAUUGCCUCCUGUAAUGCAAUGCUAACGCUUUGUCUCUACUCUGCCACUACUUUGCACCUAUUCCACUACUCCGCCAUUGCCAACGACUACAGUUUGGCAAAGAUAACGAGACAAGCAUCGUAG